GUAAACAAUUUUCCUUAGCAAAAUGUUCAGUUUUCUUACUAUGAGUAGCGCGAUAACUUGUAAAAUCGUUCUUGAUUGAAUAAAUAUGUUUCUAGAGUUUAUUUUAACUAUAUUGGUAGUACUUCUAUUUUACUCCGGAGUUUGGAAAGUCAGUUAUUGGCGACGAAAUGGCAUUAUUAGUCCUCGUGGUUAUCCGAUUUGUGGCAAUAUGUGGAAAUUUGUGCUGACUAAAAAACAUUUUGGUGCAAUAUAUGAAGACAUUUAUAAUGCUUAUGCAGAUUUGCCUUACGUGGGCAUUUAUCGUAUAUUCAAUGAACCGUCCAUACUUGUGCAUGACCAGGAUGUGAUUAAGGAUAUUAUGAUACGUAGAUUUACACACUUUCAGGAUAAUGUACUAUGGGUGGAUGAAGAGCGUGACCCACUUGCGUGCUGUAAUCCUUUUAUAGCAAAAGGUGAAAAAUGGAAGCAAUAUCGCUCAGACAUUGUUCCAAUUUUCACUCAAAGUAAAGUAAAAUUAAGUUUUGCAAAAAUACAAAAGGCUUGCAGUGAAAUGGACAAAUAUGUUGAAAUACAUUUGGAUGAAAACUGUUUCGAAGCGAAAGAGUUAUUUUCCAAAUAUCUUCUCAACGUUGUGGCCUCCACUGCCUUUGGUUUCAAUGCGGAUUUGUUCUCAAAUACAAAAUCGGAAUUCACAAAACUUGUAUCUCACAUUUUUCUACCGAAAAUGUUCAGCCUAAUUGAGACGAUUUCCCUACUAUUUUCACCUGCCAUAAAUAAAUUAACAAAAUACCAUUAUAUUCCUAAGCCAACGCAGCAAUGGCUUUAUUCAAUUCUGACAGAAAAUGUAUAUCAACGCUUGAACCCAAAUGACAUCUCACCGCCGACAUCGGGGGGUAUUUACAGUGAUUAUAUACAAUGGUUAAUAGAUACUAAAACAAAACAUAAUGAACCCAUUGAUAUAACAACAAUAAUAGGACACUGUUCCACAUUUUUAUUGGAAGGAUUUGAAACUUCAUCUUCCCUAAUGGCAUUUGCUAUUUAUGAGUUUGCUAAAAAUGCGCCAGUACAAUAUCGUGUACUGCAAGAAAUUGAUGAAGUGUUGGAACGUUACAAUGGUGUACUCAGUUAUGAGGCUCUACAAGAAAUGAGUUACUUGGAAGCAAGCCUUUAUGAAACCUUACGUUUGUAUCCAGUAAUGGCAGCGUUGUUGAAGCAUUGCACUAAGCCAUUCACUCUACAACCGCAAAAACAAGGAGGAAAAGCGUUUACAGUACCAAAAGGGAUGGUUAUGGUAAUACCAGUGAAGGCAAUACACUAUGAUGAAAAUCUGUAUCCAGAACCUUUGAAAUUUCAACCUGAUCGAUUUAUUGAUGCAAAUGAGAAGCAACGAUUAGGUUGCAUGUAUUUAGGUUUUGGUGAAGGUCCUCGCAUGUGUCCAGGUACACGUUUGGCUUUAGCACAGAGCAAGGCUGGACUUGUAACUUUACUUUCCAAGUAUUUUGUUUAUUUGGCAGGCAAAACAAAAAAUCCACUAAAAAUAUCCACCACAACCUUCUUAACCGCAGCUGAUGAUGGUAUAUGGAUAAGUUUUAAGCCGAGGAAAUAAUUUUAGUAGUUUUGAAAAUUAUCAAAUAAGAAUAUCAAUAAAAAUAUGUACCAAAUAAAUGUUUUUAGUAUAAUUGAA